GGCCAAUUGCAAAUGCACUGCGGGUUGGUAAGGGGAAAGGGACGCAACAAUGACCAUUGGGGCUCCUGGGCAGCCAGACAGGCAGGCACAUUGAUAUCCAUGGGGUAGGAAUAUCAUCCUGUCAUUAUCUACUGAACGCCUAUAUCCGAGAGAGGGUCAAUUGCAGCUGUUGUGGAUGUGUUCAGUUUGACUGGUAAGGCCAGUUACGAGCGCAUAAGGAAGGGAGCGAGGCGGGAAAGAGUGAGGCACUGAAAGGAUAGAGUGGGUAUAUCGUGUGUUCCUAGAAAGGUGCUCCAGUGCGUGGAGUAUAUGGCGGGGUAAGUAAGGUCAUACAUGCUCUACUUUCUAGCUCAGUGCAGUAUUCACGCGUGGUUUAUUGGCUUUGUUGCGGGCUAUUGGCUUUUGAGAGUGUCCGGGUGUCGAUGGCGAAAGUGAGAUCCUUCGUUCAUGAAAGACAUGGAAGAGAUGGUAAAGCUUGAUACACUAACAGUCACCAUUGCGCUUUUGAAAGAACUCUCUUUCAAUUCAACAGCUUGCUUUCCUUUAUCGACCAGGACAAUCAUAGGACAUACAGGGACAACGAACAUGGCAACCUCGACCAUAUCCAGCCAUAACUUUGCGCGCUUUGUCACGUCGCAGCUGGGCGAACCGGCGAGCUCAUUCUCGCCACAGAACACCCAUGAGCUCUCACAGGACCAGUCGCGCGAUGAGGAGACGGUGGAAGCAGUGACAAUGGAUGAACUCAUGCAGGCAGCCGCGAGCUUGGACACAGAGAUGCAGACCAUCAAAGCCCAGGUAUAUAAAAAGCUGCUCGCUAAUUACAGCGCGUUCUCGGAAUCGUUUGAAUACUCGUUGGAGCUCAAGGACAAGAUCAAUGGACUCUUGCGGCAGGCCGAAGAUAUGACAUCUCAGACUAUUCACCCAGAGACUGGCUUAAGACAAUCGGUGAUGUCGGCACUGGUGAAUCACCAUGAGAUAUUGUACAAAGUGCAAGAGAACAAUGGCAUCGUGGAGGGCCUGAAGCAUUUCUCGCGGGUCGAGGAUAUUCUUUCUCAGUACGAGGACUACAUGGAUGCAGGAAAGAUUCUUCAGGCUGGGCAUUGUAUUCAGCAGGCUACCAAGACUCUUGCACAGCCUCCAAACGCAGGCGUGGCUGCAUCACAAAUCACAAAGUCUCUCACAGAGCAAUGCACCAGGAUGACGGAGGCAACCGACCAGAUGCUGGACGAGCUCAUAGCAGGAGCUAUACGCGUAGAACAUUCAAGCGAUAACGAUGCAGUGCAAAAGUUCGGCCUUGUGCUUUCAUACAACGUCAAGGUCCCACCACUUUCAUUGACACGCUCCAGUUCCGCAUCUACACCAGGAACUAUCAGGUGGCACGAGCUCGUUCGCGCAUUGAGACUACUGGAUGUCGCGACAGAAAAACUGAGGCCACUUCAAAAGGCACUCAUUCGCCAUUUAAUACAGCCUCUUGUUCAGCACCACCAUCAGGUCCGUCUUCAGGUCAACAGUUCAGGAAACUAUGCCUCUGCAGAAGGAUCGUCCAUAUCACUUUACUAUGAGCAGGGACAAGGCGGAGACGAUCUUUUCGGCCAGGUUCAGCGGGUAUUUCGGUACAUCCACCAGGAUAUAUUCCUGGGCGGCUACUCGAGUCCAGAAUUCAACGCGGAGGAGUUUUCGUCCGACACAGAAAUCCUCACAUACUUCAUUGGACGGAAUAUCGCCAAGGAAACAUGCGCUUUGAUAUCAAAGCACUACCUUUCAAAGAUAGUGCCUACCGAUGUCGAAGGGCUGAACAACUUUGGAUCCAUCGCCUCCAUUGCCACUCAAUUCGAGGACGAGCUAAUUGCAAUGGGGUUUCUAACGGAGGCGGAUCGGGAGCUAAGGGACUUUGUCGAACAUAUUGACAUCCACUAUACCAACCUCAAGAGAGAUACAUUACUGAAAAUCGGACGGGCCGUGAUCAUGAGUGAUGACUUCAAGUCCAUACCAGUACGGGACCUGGGCAGAGAAGGUGGCCCUGAAAGCGACGGAGGCGACUGGGGUCGAAUUCACGAUCCUGACCUGGAUCUGAAGGAGUCGUCUGUUUCGAUAAAAUCAAGCCAACUGAUGGAUAUGGUAUUGAACACUCUCCAUGAUGCUCAUUCUUUGAGUGAGGCGGCGGCUCCACAUUUGUACCAGGCUACGCGUUCACUCAUCGAUCUCUAUCGCGCCUUGAUGCCGGUUCACCAUGCUCGAACCCUGACGAACGUUCCUGCACUAGCAAUAUUGUUCUAUACCGAUUGUAUGUAUAUUGCCUGGGAGUUGGAACAAGUGCCUGCUCGGUUGGAGGAUGGGAUUCCUGGGAUGGAUGAGGUUCAAUACGACGAUGUCAUUCCUGCGCUGAAAGAGCUCGCCAAGAAAUGGCUGGAUAUUCAAAUGCAAAAACAACGAGAAGAGUUGAUGCAGAGCAUAGAUGGGGCAGGAGGAUUCCAGGAUAGCAGCCAAGAGGGUAAUUUCGCUGCUUGUCAGCGAGCGAUGAAGCAGGUUGUCCUCGUUUUCAAGCAUCUGGGCAAGGCGUGGAAGUCGACACUAUCGCCAAUGACCUUUUACAGGGUUCUCGGGAAGCUACUGGACGACGCUAUCAUUAGGAUCAUUAAGGAGCUGGAGGCAUUGACGGAUAUUUCUGAAAAGGAGUCGCAUAAACUGGCAGCUCUGUGUGGCAUUGUGUUUGAGUGUGAAGAUCAGUUCGAUUCAGCAGGACCGCUGGUGGAGCAAACAAAAGGGGACGCAUUUCAUCAUGAAGACCCGAUUCACUACUUUGUGCCAUCCUGGGAAAAGUUCCAGCUGUUGACAGAUAUUCUUGAGCUAUCAUUUGCAGAGAUCAUGACGCGGUUCAGAGCUGGACAGCUGCACAUGUUCCGAGAGCGCGAGCUUUCCAAUCUUUUGUGUGCCCUAUUUGCGGAUACGCCUCUUCGCCAGCACAAUCUCGAGGAGAUCGAGCAAGGUCACCCUUUGCUCCUAUCCCGUAGAUGAAUGACCGUAUUAGACACUCCUUAUCACUAAACACCCCAUAACACAAUUCCUUUCUAAUAACCAAAUACAAGAAGA